UAUACAGUAUAAAAUCCAUGCGUAUUCAGCUGUAGUAGUAGUGCAGCGUCCAGAUCAGCAGGCUCCUCCACCGCUGGGGAACAACCGCCUUUUGUGUUCCCCCCCGCUGCAGUGGGGGAGCGCAUUUACCGUCGCGCCCAAGGGGGAGAAGCCAAGAAGUAUCCUCCAAUCAGCCGUCAGUGAUUUCUCUCAUAUUGUGGGGCUGCUGAUGGUGAUUUAUCACUGACCUGAGACAGGCGCUGCACUCUGCUCUAACACCACAACCACCUGGAAUCCUCCACCAUGGUUUUUAUUUCUUUUCUUAAACACAAAUGCCCUCCUGUGGAUAUUUCAGAUACACUGACCAGAGGACAAAAGGAGGAUUAAAAUGGACUUACUGACUGCCAAUCUUGAAUUUCUUUUUUUUUCCUGCUGCAAACUGAAGAUGGACUAACUUUUACAGGUGCCACAAGAGGACACAAUCUCACAAUCAAAGCUUUAAAAGAAGAAUUUAGAAUUUUUUUCUGAAUAAUUUGUCACAUUUCAUGCUGUAUUUUAUUUUGAAAGCAUGGCAUGCUGAGGAUGAUUGCAGACACGCCACUGCUAUAACCAUGUAGGACUGAUUCUCAGGUAGAUAGAGGUAUAUGGUGAUGGACAUACGAUGGAGACGGGGAGAGGGGGUGACAGUUGGAGCACACCUGCUUGCUGAGCGUGUCUGACACCUCGGUGUCGCUUGUUUAGCGCUCCGCUCUUCAGACUAUCAGCUUCCCCCAAGUUAUCAUGCUUCUCAGUGAGUGGAGAUAGCUUUUCCGGUGUGUGUGUAUGACUGUGUAUGUGUGUGUGUGUGGUUUGUGUUAGAGAGCCAGAGUUUGGGAUUACACUGCCUCUGGAAAGGAUACAGGUGUAGUGGAGCCUUGAAUGAGGAUUAGCAGCUCUUACACCUUGUCGCCAGCAGCACACAGGGCGAUGGACCUUUCAGACAAGACUCUCGAGUGUCACUGGAGGAUUGGAGAUAAAGGUUUAACAAAUGUGAUGAGACACGGGGGGCGAGGAAGGGGACAGGAGGACAGUUGAGAAAGUUCUGUUGAGAUUUUGGUAUUCUUUUAAGUCAAGUUAUAACUGAAUGUGAGUGGAAGUCAGAGGCCAUUUAUAGUAGCUAAUCAAGGACAAUUAUAAUGUAUCAUACAAAUACAAAUACUGCCUAAACAAAUGAAAUCUUUGGAUGUGCAUUGAUGAUAGUGGCGAUAAACAAUCUUGAUUUCCCCAAUAUCCCCGCAUAGCACGAAAUCCAAUUGAUCCACGAGCUGGUUUGAUAUUGAUUUCUGCACACAGUCAGGAUAGAGUCUUGUCUGAUCUCUGCUUGAGAGGUCACUAAUUUAAUUAUAAUCCGUCAUUCAGUCUCGCCUAGAGCGGUCUUCCAUAGUGCUGACUGAGUACGCUGUGGAGAAUCAAUGGUCUAAUACUUGUCAUGAUAUCUGACAACAUAUCAGAUAAACACAACGCGCUCCUGCUGCAGUCUACUAUAACAAUCUCACAGUUUCGCCAUGUGUUAUUUAUGCAUCUUGUGUUAUUUGAGAAAUGACUUCUCCAUUGAUGGCAGUUCUGCUGACAGUUACAGGAAAUUCGGCAGCUCUUGUGCUUGUAGUUGAAAGAAGCAUGUGUUGUUGUCUGUCUUGAUGCAGGUGUGCGUGUUUUUGGGGCUUGUUUCCCUGGCACACGGCUUAUCAUUGCUGCACAGGGCUUAAAGAUCUAAGGGUGUGACAGGCACCACCUUGCACCACUUAACCUGCAAAACCUUAAAAGUUAAAUUAGGAAUUACCUGUAACAAUGCAUAGAUCCUGAAGUGUAGGACAAGAGCAGGGGAGUCCUGACAGGGUGUUCAGGAAGAAGUUAUCUCAACAGCCACACUCAGCUUUACUUCAGCGAUCCUGGGAAGCAGAGGGGAAAGCAGGUGGGAAGCUCGAUGUGGGAGUGAGGAGGAAAAAAACAACAGGACUGAGGCGAGUUCUUUGAUAGCUGUAUUGUUUCUAUCUACCUUGUUCAAAGAGCAUCGCUGAAAAUGUGCUGUUUGGAGGUUCAGCGCUGCGAGUGAAAAAACUCAGGAACAGCGUGGGGGAGUUCAGCUAGAGUUCUGCUGGGGGAAACCUGCUCUAUACUGCAGUUUUCAACACCAGGCAGCGAGGUUCACCUUUUGACAAGUCUGAAACAGCUGCCUGAUCUAUUUAACGACACAAGCACAAAACCUGCUGGACUCUUGGAAACAGCCUCUCUCACAAGAUUACAAGUGAAACUGGACGAUCCACAACAAGCACAUGAACUUAAAGAAGCAGCAUUUUUGCCUGCGAUGGAGCCAGAAACAAAGAGGUGGUGUUGCAGCUCUGAAACUGUCUCUACAUCUGAUUUUACUCUGGAUUAUAACACUUGAAUCGUGAACAAGAAGAGGAGAACACCCAAACAAACUGUGCAUCCGUCCCCGGCAGGGAUGUGUUGUGAACUCUGAGGAGGAGUAGUGUAGUGUGCCACAAGCCUGCGAAUGAGGGUGGGGCUCUCUCACUGCCACAGACAAAGACCUUGAUACAGAGAGAGUCCUGGUUUAAGAACUGGUGGUCAAGUGGGGCAGUUUUGGACCUGCACAGUCCGGCACCGUAUCAAAAGUCACGAUGGGGUGCAACAUGUGUGUGGUUCAAAAGCCCGAGGAACAAUACAGGGUCAUGUUCCAGAAGGGUCACAUAAACAACAUGUUGUGCUCUUUUGACGCCACCGGUCGAUUAAAGGUGAAUGGAAAGGAGCUAUCCCGCCUUUCUGGGGAUCCCACCCUGGACAUACGGGACCCCGUGCUGUCUAACAUACUGCGGCGUGGGGCCCGCAGACGUGCAGGUCUGGCGGGAGCCCCUGGAGGGUUAGUGCCAGUGACCAUGGGCAUGGCCGACUGUGUAGACAGCUGCACCCAGACGGACAUCAGCUUCCAGCAUAUGUUGACUCUCGGCAAGAGCAGCCAGCAUCCCUGCGGAGCUCCACCCCCACCCGACCCUCCGCCGUCCCCUCCACUACCGCCGUUACUGGAGCCGUAUCUAUUCAACGAACUCUUUAUAGAGCCCGUAUACUACGACCCCACUGAUUACUUUGACAUCACUCAGCAUGAAGUGGACCGGCAGGAUGAGCUGGAAUAUGAGGAGGUGGAGUUGUAUAAGUCUCGUCAGCAGGAUAAACUCGGGCUGACAGUGUGUUACAGAACCGACGAUGAGGAGGACCUGGGGAUAUAUGUAGGAGAGGUGAACCCAAACAGUAUCGCAGCAAUAGAUGGACGUAUCCGCAAGGGAGACAGAAUACUACAGAUAAAUGGAGUGGACAUCCAGGACAGAGAGGAGGCAGUAGCUAUUCUCACCAGAGAGGACAGCACUAAUGUCUCCCUGCUCCUUGCACGACCCGAGAUAGAGAAUGACAACCAGUUGGACCCAGAUGAGCUGGACCUGGAGCCACUGGACAACGCUGUUCACCUGCCCUGCAGCCACAGGCUGAAGAACAGCACCUCUGUCUCGGGUGCUGGACCGGGUGACCUUGCUGAUGGGAGUGUACUUGGUAACCAUGGUCACUCAAUAAACAGGGAUUCACCUGAUUUGCUCCAGACUGUGCUGAGCAACAGCCAGGAGCUGGACAGUGGGGUGGGCCGUACAGAUGAAAGCACACGCUACGAGGAGUCUUCAGAACACGACCUUCUGGGAGAUGACCACACUAGUGCCUCCAAUACGAACGCCACCAAUACACCUGGCAGCAUGCGCAAGUUUUUGUCUGGUCGAGGGGACACUCCACCCUUGCUGCACUCCCAGGACCUCCAGUUCAGCACUGACUCUCUCUUAGGACUGGACUGUGUUAACGGGGGAGGGCUGGAACACAUGGAACGAUUGGAGAGGACCUACAUGGCAGAUCCAAUGAGGAUGAUGAUGCCUGGGCUGACUGAGGAAGAGUGUGAGAGGUACAAAGAGCUCCUGGAAAUCAAGUGUUACUAUGAGAAGAACAGUAAUGCUCUGAUGCUCCUGGGAGGUCAGGGGCCGGUACCAGAGGAAGGUGGUGUCUCACUGGAUGUGAACAGGAAUGAAAGCCUGACACAGCAUGAGAUGGCCCUCCUGGAGGAAGAACUACGCCACUUGGAGUUCAAGUGUCGUAACAUCUUGAGGGCACAGAAGAUGCAGCAGCUGAGGGAGCGUUGUCUGAAGGCUUGGCCGCUUGAGGACAAGAAUGGAGCAAGUGCAGGGGCUGGAGCAGGACGCUUGGACAUUACUGGUACUCUGGUCAGCGAGGAGACCUGUCACCACGCUCUGUCAGACAUCAAUGAGCUCCCAGAGAGGGAGCGCUCUGAUAAGGACAGUACGAGUGCAUACAACACUGGAGGGGAAAGUUGCAGGAGCACCCCUCUGGUCAAUGAACAGUAUCCAUCACCCUCUACACAGAGCCUGGAGAGAGGAGAGCCUCUUCUCCAAGCUGGUACACAGUUUCCAACCUCCACUAGGCAGAGAGGUAGCCGGGCUGAAAGAGGGGACAGGACACAAGCAAACCUCAACCAACCCUACUCUCCCCACUCUAACAGAAGACGAGCUGAAGCUAAGACGUCCAGUCCUGGAGCUAAGGUUAGGUCUCUGCCUCGGGAUAGAGGGACCAGGCGGGGCUCAGAUGGAGAGGUGAGACGUAACCCCAAAGCUAACGGGACAGCUGAGAGGGCUGGUGGAUACAGUGCAGAGAACAGUCCUUACCUGUCCCGCCGUCACACUGACACAAAGCCGCCCCAGCACUACCUGAGCUGCAUGCAGCUGAGGUCUCCUUCCACCUCUGAGCGCCUUAAUGGUCUCAGAGACACUCCCAGAGAGAGCAGCAUGGAGACUUGGGGCGACGCCAGCCCAAUGAGCUUGGGGAGCACAUGUAAAGACAUUGUCCAGGACCCAAGUGCUGUACCCUUGUCUCCUCCACUGUUGCCUGCAUCCCCUCGUAUGGAGUGGAAAGUGAAGAUCCGUAGUGAUGGCUCUCGCUAUGUGGCCAAACGCCCAGUGAGGGAUCGCCUCCUGAAGGCACGCGCCAUGAAGAUCAGAGAGGAGCGCAGCGGCAUGACCACAGAUGACGAUGCUGUGAGUGAGAUGAAGAUGGGCCGUUACUGGAGCAAAGAGGAGCGCAAGCAGCAGCUGCUGAAGGCCCGAGAGCAGCGGCGCCGCAGGGAGUUCAUGAUGCAGAGCCGCCUCGACUGUUUGAGAGAGCGUGACAGGGACCAGGGCGGCAGUGGGGGAGGUCAGCAGGGGUCGACACAGCAGCAGGAACCCGCAUCCAUCCUGGAGCUGUGCCACCGCAGGAGCAUGAAGAAGCGGAGUCGCAGAAUCCUGGACAACUGGAUCACGAUACAAGAGCUACUUGCCCAUGGGACCAGGUCUGCUGAUGGGAAGAAAGUCUACAACCCCCUGCUCUCUGUCACCACAGUCUGA